AUGCUCUCCGCCGGGGAACGGCCUCAGCCUCUGCACACAUCUGCCGUAGAUCCGCCGUCCGUGUCUGUGAGCACGGCCCACAUCAUGCCUGAUCUCGAGUCCAAUCCCGGCUCCUCCUCGAACCCGUCCACCCUGGUCCAUGAGAAGCGCCCCAAACCGGCGCACGUCCAGCAUAUUUGGGUCGUCACAGGCCCCGCCGGUAGUGGAAAGAGCACCGUGGGCAAUGGACUGCGCAAGGAGCUGGGGUUACCCUUUCUAGAAGGCGAUGAUUACCACUCCGCAUCCAACAAAGCCAAAAUGGGCAACGGCAUUCCCCUCACCGACGAAGACCGCUGGGACUGGCUCAUCUCCCUGCGAAAAGCCGCCAUCGACGCCCUCUCCCCCUCCGAGGCCAACGAUUUCCGCCCGCCUGCCGGUGUCGUCGUCGCCUGCUCUGCCCUGAAGCAGAAGUACCGCGACGUCAUGCGCGUGGCCACCUACGGCUCGCCCUCCGUCCAGAUCCACUUCGUCUACCUGAAGCUCAGCGAGGAGGUGCUGAUGCAGCGCGUCACCCAGCGUCAGGCCCACUACAUGAAGAGCGAAAUGGUCCGCUCCCAGCUCCAGGCGCUGGAAGAGCCAAAGGGCGAGUGGGAUGUCAUUACCAUCAAUGUCGAAGGCUCACACGAGCAAGUGCAGCAGGAGGUGAUUGAUGCGGUGACGAAGAAGCUCUCGGAAUAUCUGUGA